AUGUUACCGACCAGCAAGAUCGCCGGCCUGGAGGUCCUGCGCAUCAUCAACGAGCCCACGGCUGCGGCCCUGGCCUACGGCAUCGAGAAGAAGGGCAACGAGACCAUCCUCGUGUUUGACCUGGGGGGCGGCACAUUUGACGUGUCCAUCCUGGAGGUCGGCGACGGCGUGUUUGAGGUGCUGUCCACCAGUGGCGACACCCACCUGGGCGGCGACGACUUUGACAAGCGCAUCGUGGACUGUUUGGCAGAUGACUUCAAGCGCAACGAGGGCAUAGACCUGCGCAAGGACCGCCAGGCGCUGCAGCGCCUGACCGAGGCGGCUGAGAAGGCCAAGAUCGAGCUGUCGUCCCUCAGCCAGACGAGCAUCAACCUGCCCUUCAUCACUGCAACCCCCGAGGGGCCCAAGCACAUCGACAUGCAGCUGACGCGCGCCAAGUUUGAGGAGAUGUGCUCAGACCUUCUUGAGCGCUGCAAGCGCCCGGUGGAGCAGGCCCUCAGUGACGCGAAGCUCUCCCUCAACGGUGAGCCGCCGCUUCCGCCGCCCACGGGCGGUGCUGCACUCUGCGGCGCACUGUGGUUUCUUGCGCCGGCUUGGAAGCCCUGCACCUGA